AUGUCUCAAUACUCUCUCACACGCAAUGCCUGCGAGCUCAUGGUCCAAGGGCUGCAAAAUCACGUCGGAUUGGUAGUUCAAGUGCUGUUGGUUGCACCCCUCGCCCAGCGCAACCCGUACGAGCCAGCUCAAUACAGAGUUGAACUCGGUGAUGGAGAGCACUGGGUAGAGGCGACCUUAAACUACAACCUCAAUGCCUUAUUCCGAGCGAACAAGAUAUGCUCGCUGAUGGUCAUUCGCGUGGACAGCUUCACCCGUGUGCUCUACGAGUCGGGCAAAGUCGCAAAAGCUUUGGAGGGCAGCGAUGGCUUGAAGCGUAUGGACUGUGUCGAUCGCUCCGGAGAUGUACGCGCAUUGGCUUCUGCGCCGUCCGGCGACGUUCUGUUCGACUGCUGGGACAAUGAGCCUAUCUCAGACGAGCCUAUCUCGUAUCGCACAAUUACUUCAGCCACUCUCGGAGGAGAGUGACCCUCUACACCGAGGCUGCAGGUCGAGGAGCUAACUAAUAUGGACAUGAGAAUUCGCCCAGCGGUCCCCGCUUGAUGUACCGAUGAAACCCAGGCUUAUCACUUGCUGUCAAGUCUACGUCUCCUAGACACUCCUCUGCAAUCGAGAGCAUAUACUCUGCACGCUCAAAAGUGCCUCGUACUUCCCACGCGGUGUAGCAGAUGGGGCGUCCCGUCUGUGGCCUCGCAUAUUUGGAGGAAAGCGUCCAAAAAUCCCAACCUUUUCAAGACAAUCAUCUCUGACACAUAGCGAUCUCUGCUCCAAUGACCCCUCCUCUCUCCACACCACUCAGCCAGUCCGCUCAAAGCCUCCUUGCAAUCACUUUCCCACCUCUCUUCCGCUGCCAUGCGAUCAAGGUCAACCACGCAGCACUGACAUUCGGGCUGCAGCCACUGCAGCGCCUGACAUUCGGCCUGGCUGGGCAUGGAGUAAUUGUCAGAGGUUGUUGGCGCAAAGAACCAUGAGACACUCUGUGUUUCCUCAUCCUCCCACUCAAACAUGUGCAGUAACCCAAGGCCCUCGACUGCAACCCACCAAUCAUAGGGUGGACACCCUCCCAACAGCCAUGCUCUGGCUUGCAUGUGCAUGCCCCAGCGCAAUAGUGCCGUCCAGGCAUGCUCCACAUCGCCUGGUGACCGGGUCGCUCCGUUUGCUCCGGGCCAGGGCCGGAAACCCCUGGCGCCCCGGGGUUUCCCCUUAGCUGGGUGCAUCGAAGCCAGUCCUGCGAGCCGUUCGAACCUGCAAUUCUCCUACACAGGCACUAAUUCCGAGUGCAGCCUCAAGCGCGUCACACUCACCAGGAUAUUGCGCAGCUCGACAAAGCGGGCGCAGCCCGCCAUGUCCUGGUCCUCCCAUCCCUGACUUCGUACAAACGUUCGCUGGUUAGAGGCCCGAGUCGCGUCUUUCAGCACCGAAGGUGGGGCAACAAACAACAACCGACCGCUCCCCGGACAUCCCACGAGGAAAGCCACAUUCACGUCAUCGAACCCCACAAUGUUGGCGUGGGUCAACCCUUCUUCAUCUUCCCAUAUUUCGGUGCGAGGGAUGGUGCUCGGAUCCACCUCUUCCAGCAGGUGUUGGUUCCAUUCAUAGGGCAGACGGGCUCGGACCAAAGCAUGCCUUAGUUUCAACCCCUGUGUGCUG